AGGAAAUGUUUACGACAGUCAGAAACUGAAGCAUCAAACACGUGGAGUGCUUAAACAUCCAGGACCGGAGCUGACCCUACCAUACAGUUUUAGUGUGGAUUUUAUACUGACUUUGUACUUAGCUACACAGUAUUGAGGUGAACACCAUGGAUUUAUUAGCAGCUAACGAGGAUGAUUUGAAAGAAGCAGAGAUAAGUGACAGUGAAGAUGUUCAGGGUGUGGAUGAUGACAGAACAAGGAAAAGACUCAUAGACUCAGUUCUUGCUCUUAACAACAAAAAGGCUCGCUACAACCAGAGGACUGUGGUUGGCAAAAAUGUCUCAGAAUUCAACUUUGGAGCAGCAAAUGCCCUUAGCAAAGUCCACAUUCAAGACUUGGUACAGUCUUUGAAAGAUAAAACCAGUAAGAAAAAGCUAGCGAAAACUUUGAGGAAUAUCCAAGGAAAGAGGAAUGUGAUUAGAGAACCAUUACUUAAACAUGAAAAAGAGAAGAUUGACCGAGCUACUGCAUUCACUAAAACUUGUGAAGAACUGUCAAUGUGGGACAAUGUAGUUUGGGAUAACCGUAAGAAGGAUGUUCUUCAAUUUCCAGAGAAAAACGAAAGAGUGGAAGUUCUUGAUAAAACCAGUAUGCAGAAAUAUUUUAAGCCUCAAAAUUCUCUUGAGAUUGAGGUGUAUAAGCUACUUCAUGGAGAUGAACACAUGCCAACUGAAACCCAGCCUCUAUCAAAAGUUGAACAACGUGCUUUGAAAGCAAUGGAUCUCAAGAAGGCCCAAAUACGGCGAAGUGAGUUGAUGAAAUAUAGAGCCUUGUUAAGUUACCAAGAAAUUAAGCAGCGGUGGAAAAACAAAAUUAAAAGCAAGCGUUAUCGACGUGUGUUGAAAAGAGACAAGCUUGAGAAGGAAAAAUCUCGUGUUAAUGAAUUGGCAACAGAUGAUCCGGAAAAAUUCCUGAACCAAAUGAAGAUCGUUGAAAAAUCUCAUGCUAAGGAACGGAUUUCAUUAAAACAUCGUGGAGGUAGUAAAUUCCAGAAAAGACAGAUGAUGUAUGCCAAAUAUGAUCCUAAUACCCAGCAAAGAAUAAGUGAUAUGGUUAAAAAAAACCGAGAGCUAACAAAGAAACUACCUGUUAUUGCAGAAGAUAAUGAUGAUGAUGAUGAUGAAGAUUGCAGAGGGAGUGAUAAUGAAAGUGAUGAUAGCCUGCCAGAAAACACAGAAAGUGUAAGCGCGAGAGGCAGUAAUGCAUGGAUGUGUGCCACUCGCAUUACAGUAAAGAAGUUGAAGUCAACAGCUCAGUCAAUACAAAAUGACGACAACAUGAUUGUUGAGGAAGCUAUGGAUGAAAUUCCUAAAUCGCUGCGAGAUACUGCCCCCAGAUCUAAAUAUGCUGAACCACUUGUUCCAACAAGUGAUAUCAGUCUUGAUCCAAAACAGAUCCUUGAUAUGAGCACUCCAAUUGCAACAUCUAUCCAGACAAAUAUGGUAGAGGAGGAAGAUGAGAUGGAAGAGGACAAGGCUGGUGAAUCUGAUGGCAAUGAUGACAAAUUGACGCUAAGCCAGGCAUUUGCCAAUGAUGAUGUCAUUGAAGAGUUUAAGGAGGAAAAAAAGGCAGUAAAGGAAAGAAAUAGGCCCAAGGACAUUGACCUUACUCUUCCUGGUUGGGGAUCCUGGGCUGGAGAUGGAUUGCAAGUCAGCGGGAGGAAGAGAAAACAAUGUAUGAAGAAGACUCCACCACCACCAGAACCUCAAAAAGAUGAUCCUCUUGGACAUGUGAUCAUUGACGAAACCAGAGACACUGCUAUAAGUAAAUAUCAGGUAAAAGAAUUACCAUUUCCUUAUGUAAAUGCCAAAGACUUUGCUGUGAGCAUAGCAGCUCCUAUUGGUAAAGACUGGAAUCCUCAAACUGUGGUAAAAGAACUGAUUAAACCUAAAAUUGAGACCAAGAUGGGUACCAUUAUCAGACCUAUUGCUCGUAGUGUUUUGCUGAACCAGACAACGGCAGCAUCAAAAAAUGUGCCAAAACCACCAACACAUCAAAAAAAGCAUAAACAAAGACGUAAGCGUCAGAAGAAGAAAUAAUAUUGUGAUUAUAAAUGUGAUGUUUGUUUAGCUUU